AUGCAUUUCCUAGAGAUUUCUCGUCUUAAGUUAUUUUCUAAUUUGCUUGUUUUUAUUCUGUCUUUCUCUGUCAGGAAGAGCCUUUUUAUUUUCUCCUUCCAUUUUCUCCUUUCUCGUCGUUAUCUCUCUUCCAAUCUCUAUUUUUUCUCUCUAUUAUUUUCCCGUCUUUCUCCUUCUCUCAUUCUUGCUGAAUUGGAAGAAAUACUCGACGAAAAUGAUCAAGUUUCUCCACCAUCGGGCAUGGAGCAAACAGAUUUUGACGAAUUUAUCAGCUUCGACGACCGUACACAAUGUUAUGGAGAACUGACUGACACGGACAUCACACGUGGUAUAAAAUCGGAUGAUCAAGAUUUUGACGAAGAUGAUGAUGCUAAAAGCAUUUUCUUCUUCACUUCUUACCAUUUUCUUUUUUUCUAUACUUACGUAUUUUGUUCCCUUUUUCUUUUUUUGAAAUUCCUUUUAAGUUUUUCUUCUUUCAUAAAUUCUCCUUUUGCAUUUACUAUUUCUUAUUUUCUCUCUUUUUUUAUUGUCCGUUUUAAACUCAACACCUUACGCUACUUAAUAUUUUCAAUCAUUCACUUCACUUAUUCGUUCUUGUUAUUCUUUUCACUUUUUCCACUUUUAUAUAUACAUUCUUUUCUUUCUUAUAUUUUCUUUUCUUUUUUUCAUCCCUUCAUCAAUUUCUUUACUUAUUAUUUAAUUUCGUUUUGUCCUCUCUUCGUUCUUCUUUUUAAUUUUUUUACAUUUUUAUUUAUAUCUCAUUUCUCUGCUCCUGUCUUCAUUUUCUAA